AUGUGCAACAAGUCGGCGAAGAGGGGGUCCUUGCAAGUGAGUGCCGACGUCGCUGAGAAGUGGAAGUGCACAAAGAGUAGGAAGCAGUUGAUUGUGGCACUCAUUAAUUGCAAGGGCGACAAGGCCACUGGACUGCACAACACGUUGCCACGGAUGAAAGACAAGUACCAAAGCCACAUCGUCGAGUAUUGGGUGGACGUGCGCACCAGCGGGAGUCUCUCACGGAGCACGAAGGAAGAGUUCAACCAAUACGUCGAGAUCAUCGAUAGCGGU